AUGUCAGAUUCUCAUCAGGAUGCACCCAAGCCCGUCCUCAUCGUCGUCAUGGGCGUCGCAGGCACCGGGAAGACCACGCUCGCUCAGGCCCUCAGCCGCACACUCCAGCUUCCAUACAUCGAGGGCGACGAGCUACACCCGCCUGCUAACAUCGACAAGAUGUCCUCCGGGCAACCGCUCACGGACGCCGACCGCGAGCCCUGGCUCGCCCUCCUGCGCACCACCGCCGAGCAUCUCCUGUCUGACGCGUCCUCUGACCCACCACGACGACGUGCCGGGGCGCUGAUGACGUGCUCCGCCCUGCGCAAGUACUACCGCGACAUAUUGCGCGGGAACCUGCGGCCCGGCCUCCCCGAGCCCCUCGACCCGCUCGAAGCCCCCGCGGAGCCGGAGACACUGCCAACGUACUUCGUUUUCAUCGAGGGCUCGCGCGAGCUCCUGCUCGAGCGCGUGUCAAAGCGGCAGGGGCAUUACAUGAAGGCGAACAUGGUGGACAGCCAGCUGGGGACGCUAGAGAGCCCGGAGGGCGAGGAUGGCGUGAUCCUCGUCGGUAUGAACGAGAGGACGGAGGACCAGGUCAAGAUUGUCAUUGCUGAGCUGAACCGAAUGACGGAAGGCCUAUAG